AUGAAGUAUUCCACGUCGCCACCAACGAGUCGGUGUCACUCGCCCGUUCCAACAGAAUUCUCGUCCUCGUUGCCGAUGCCGAUCGUUUACAGACAUAAUUGUAUGGGGGCGGCGACAAAAAGCUACAAAUAUCUAAGAAAAUUGUUGAAGUUCGAACAGAUGGAUUUUGAGUUUGCUAUGUGGCAGAUGGUCUAUCUAUUUGUAGCGCCACAAAAAGUAUACAGAAACUUCCAAAACAGAAAACAAACAAAAUCGCAUUUUGCAAGAGACGACCCUGCAUUUUUAGUAUUGGUCAUGGGUUGUUUCUGCAUAUCUACCAUCGGUUUGGGAUUGAUGCUGAAUUUAAGAAUAUUUCAAUUUACGAAGUUGUUGCUUUAUAUGAUGUUCAUUGAUUAUUUAGCUGUUGGAUUGUUAAUAGCAACGAUAUUUUGGUUUAUAACAAAUCGAUAUCUCAGGAUAGACAGAACACAAGAUGUUGAAUGGGGCUAUGCAUUUGACAUCCACUUAAAUGCAGUGUUUCCUCCAUUAGUUAUACUUCACAUUUUACAAUUAUUUCUAUAUAAUGGUCUCAUAAACAAUGAUACAUUUUGGGGGCGAUUCAUUGGAAAUACUUUUUGGUUUAUAUCUAUCGGUUAUUACAUUUACAUAACGUUUCUCGGCUACGCAAGUAUCGAAAUACUACAUAAAACUCAUUUGAUAUUGUCCACUCUACCUAUAAUGCUGCUGACAUAUAUUACUACAUUAUGUGCCGGUAUUAAUAUCAGUUAUUUAGUUAUAGAAUUCUACCGUUAUCGCGCUUUGUAAAAUAUUUUUAUUAUAUCUGUAUGAAUGUCGGAAUAAUACUGGUUGUACAGUAUAGAAUUCUUCUAUUCUGGAAUUGGUAAAACAAUGUCAUCCUUCUACUGUGGAAUCUCUUUGAUUUUUGCUCUUAUUUUAUAUUCUCCGUUUUUACUUGUUUUCUUAUUUCACGAUUUUGUUCUACAUGGCAAAUAGACGGAGCAGCGGGAGAAAAUGUCAAGAGGAGAAUUUCAUUAUAGAGGUACAGCUGUUUCCGAAUAGAUAUUGAAGAUUUUUUUCAACGUUAUUGCUUACAUUCUAAGAAUGAUUUUUCAUGAUAUAUUUAUUUUUUCGCUUGUAUUUGUAAGAGAACUAUC